UUUGCGGCCCCUCCCUCGGCUGAUGCGUUCACCGGCCGUGAACUCCGAUCGCCCAAAUUCCCGUCUGGGGAUUUCAACUUCCUGUUCGGCAUCCUGACGGCGCCCAUCUCUUCGGAAUCUUGCUCUCUUCUUGUCGUAGCCCUCAACAUCUCCUCCGACCUUUACUCGAUCCUGUGCUGGUCACCAGGGAGCAAGAGAUGGGUCGAGCUCAAUCUCGUGGGUUCUCCUGAAGUUAUGUCCUUGGUUGUCUUCAAAGGUCAAGUCUUUGGCAUGGAUUCCCUUUACAGGGUUUUGGUUAUUGAUCUCGCGCCUCGUAUGAGUUGGAGGCUUCUUGACGCCAAGUUGUCAACUGGGACAUUCCUCUAUAACUACUACGGCAAGUUUGGGCAGAAUUUGGUCGAAUGCAACGGGGAGCUCUUUGUUGUUCUUUUGAUUCCGACGGGGAAGUUUUCGUUACCUGGUUCGCCCAAGAUUGAAGUUUACAGUCUGGACUUCUCGGAAUCUGUGUGGGUGAAGAAGGAGAGUUUGGGCGAUUGGUGUUUGUUUAUGGAUGCGGUUGGAAAAUGCUCGUUUGCUUGCAGAGAUCCGGGGAGGUGGGGAGGGAGAAAGAACUGUGUUUAUGUUGCGGGACCUGGGUAUGCUGGUUGGAGCGUGUUUCCUUUGGAUGGAGAGGCGAUCGAUACGAGCGAAGAAUCUCCUCUGAAAUCAUGGUAUGUGACACUUCCUAGAUGGCCUUCACCGGUUUGGGUUUACCCGAGUAUGCUUCUUUAAAUCUUUAUCAAUAUAGUACCUUAUAACGAAGAGAAGAAGAAUAAGGUUUUUGUGUCAACGUCCAUCUGCUUGUUUCUUUUUGAAUGUAAAUAUGGAUGUUUCUGUUUCUUGUUACUUUUGGUUACUUUGAUAUUAUUACUUUCUGGUUGAGAUAUGACAAUAAUCUUUUUGGAUCAUAAACGAAUCCCUAUUAACAUUA